CGAGAUCAGCACACUACCACAAGUCACCAUGAAGUUCCUGAUCGUCUUCGUUGCCCUAUUCGCCCUGGUCCUGGCCGCUCCUCCUCGCUCUACCGCCGGCGAGGCCCAGAUCCUGGCCCAGAACUCCGAUGUUGGACCCGAGAGCUACAAUUACAACUUUGAGACCAGCGAUGGCCAGAAGGCCGAUGCUGCCGGACAGCUGAAGAACAUUGGCACCGAGCAGGAGGCCCUUGCCGUCCAUGGUUCAUACUCCUUUGUGGGUGACGAUGGUGUCACCUAUACCGUCACCUAUGUGGCCGAUGAGAAUGGAUUCCAGCCUCAGGGAGCCCAUCUGCCCGUUGCCCCCGUGGCCUAA